AUGGUGGCCCCGCAGCACUCACAGGUGCGUCAAAACUACCAUCCCGACUGUGAGAUCUCGGUGAACAACCUGAUCAACCUGGAGCUCUAUGGCUCCUAUAUGUGCCUGUCGCUCUCGUUUUACUUCGACCGCGAAGAAGUCGCCUUGAAGCACUUCGCUGACUACUUCCUGAUGCUGUCAGAUACGGAGAACGACAACGCUGAGAGGCUCAUGGAGUUCCAGAUCCUGAGAGGCGGCCGCCUCCGUCUCCGCGACGUCAAGAAGCCAGAUCGCGACAACUGGCAGAGCGGCCUGAAGGCCCUGAAGUGCGCCCUGUACCUGAAGAAGACGAUCAACCAGAAUCUGAUGGAUCUGCACAACUUGGCCACCAGCAACAACGACCCUCAUCUGUGCAACUUCCUGGAGACCUACUACCUCGACCAGCAAGUGAGGGCCAUGAAAGAGUUGGGGGAACAUCUCACCAACCUGCUCGACUUGGAAGAUGCCCUGCUGGCCGAUUUCAGCUUUGACAAGCUCACCCUGGGUGAGCGCAACAUGGACUGA